AGAGAGAGAGAGAGAGAGAGAGAGAGAGAGAGAGGGAGGGAGGGUGAGGGAGGAAAAUAAGAGCCAUCAGUCCAUCUAUCUGCCUCUCCUGGAUAUUAUUAUUUUUUGGGGGGGGUCUCUUUAUUUCCUUCAUCUGUUAUUUUUCGCUCAUAUUUAACCACCAAGUUAGUUUGCGGGUUUAUUUUGUGUCUUUGCAGACUUCGCCUCUCGCCUCUAAUCCUCUUUCUGCACUCAUUGCAUGGGACGCCAGCAGAAGACAUCCGCAUUUCUCUCUCUCUCUGCUCUUUAUUUUUUAUUUUGUCAUCUCUGAUCGAUCGCAACCAACCAACCGACCGACAACGACCGACCGAACCGGAUCUGUAAACACCGUGUGAGUCGGGUUUGCUCCUUGAAGGUUGACAGCAACUCCUGCAGGGCUCAGCCGAGUCUGAGGAUGAAUUAGACUCGGUCAACAUGGUGCCAUUUUGGAGAUAAGUCCCCCCUUUUUCUUUCUCCUUCUUCCACAGUUCGUUUCUUUUCCAUUUCUUUCUUCUCCUUCUUCAUGGGACGGGCGGUAAAGCGGGACGUCGGGUGGAGAUACUGAAGCGCACCCUUACGCCUGUCACCUGUCCGCUCACCUUUUUUUUUUUUUUUUUUUUUUGACGGCGCGCCUGUCAAUUAGCGUCACUAAUUGGAUUAUUCUGAUCUUGAACUUACAAGCCUGCAGGUUGCUCUUCACCUCCUCCUCCUCCUCCACCUCCCCCCACCUCCUCCUCCCUUUAGAAGUUAUGUCAAGGCCUCUCACUCAGCUCUUACCGCCUGACCUCCCUGCCGGGGCUACGAGCCCCCAGUUUGGGGCCAGCAACCCGGCUGGAAGUGGCCCUCAAGGUGGACACCUGACCUCCAUGACCAACCUGAAGUCGCUGCUCCAGCUGCCAAUCAAGGCCGACCAGAGAGCCACCAAGGACUGCUGCGAGAUGAAAGACAAAGACAAGCCCCUGGACUCUGAUGAAGAGCCGAUGGGUGUCAAUGCCGGAGGACAGGGUGGGGUUGGAGGAGCCCCUGGGUCCGGCGCGUUGCGACCCAACUCCCAGUCAGCCUUCCUGGGCCCGCUGCUGUGGGAGCGGACCCUGCCGUGUGACGGAGGCCUGUUCCAGCUGCAGUACAUGGACCUGGAGGAGUUCCUGACCGAGAACGGGAUGGGGAUGCACAGCAACGGGCCCAGCUCCACCAGCGCCCAGAUCCCAUCCCAGAGCUCUCAGUCGGCCGUGCCCAACCAGAGCUCCCAGUGUCCUCCAACCAGUCCUCCGCCCUGCUCCUCCUCGUCCUCCUCCAUGUCCUCUUCAUCCUCCUCUUCCUCGCUGCUGGGACUGGAGACCGUCCAGCCGCAACCGCCGCCGCCGCCACCACCUCAGCAGCAGCAGCAGCAGCAGCAGCAGCAGCAAGGCAUGAUGGGAGGACCUGAGUGUCUACAUGGCGGUCAGGCGGUGCCUCAGGACCCGUCACCUUCUUCUACCUGCCCUCCGGGACCCCCUGGACCUCAGGCGGGCGCCAACGGCAGCAGUGACAUCAUGGUGAAUUUUGAUCCUGACCCAGCAGACUUGGCGCUUUCCAGCGUGCCGGGUCAGGAGGCGUUCGACCCGCGGCGGCACCGCUUCUCCGACGAGGAGCUGAAACCCCAGCCGAUGAUCAAGAAGGCCCGCAAGAUGCUGGUCCCCAACGAGCAGAAGGAUGAGAAGUACUGGAGCCGGCGCGUCAAGAACAACGAGGCGGCGAAGCGCUCGCGGGACGCCCGGCGGCUGAAGGAGAACCAGAUCUCGGUGCGGGCCGCCUUCUUGGAGAGGGAGAACGCCGCCCUUCGCCAGGAGGUCGCCGACAUGAGGAAAGAGCUGGGCCGCUGCAGGAACAUCAUCAACAAGUACGAGAGUCGACACGGAGACUUGUGAGGCGGGAAGGAGGACGAAGAAGAUGAUGAUGAAGGAGGAAGGGGCGGGACGGGAGGAGGAAAUGAGAAAAGGGUACAAGGCAACCCAACAACAGCAGCACUUUAGUUGAAGUGGCGAGGGGGGAGGGAGGCCGGCGUAGAUCUGCAGUAAGCGCUGUGCGACACCGGGCGCAAACACGAAAAGGUUUGUUUUUGUAAAGGCGCGUUCUCUGCUUCAAGGAUGCCACGACAGGAAAGCACAGCAACGCUUUUUAUUUUUAUUUCCCUUCCCGGUUUGACUCUCUUUGUACAUGCUGCUUCGUUGAACCCACACAACGUACUGUAUCACCUUGUGUCACCUCGGCAGCUUUUAACGGUCACCAAACCCCCCCUUCUCUCUCUCUCCGUUCGGUGCUGUUGUGCUUACGGCCGGUGUCGCACGGCGUUUUUGCAGGUAGUGCGUUUCCCGGCCGACGCUCCAGUCAGUUCAAACAGGGUGUUGAAUUCACAUUAUGCCAGUGAAAUCUCACUUUUUAAGCUCAAGGCACGGAUACAAGCCAGGACAGGUCAGAUGUGUAAUUUUUUUCUAUAAAUAGGACAAAAAAAAAACAUGUAUAUUUUUGAACUGGGCAGGAAGGCAAGACUAGUCCAGCAUAAAGGAGGCGGAGGAGGAGGAGAAAGAGGGGCAGGGUUUUCGUCCAUAACGCAAAGAGAUUUUGACAUAGGAUUAUUGUAUAUUUUUCUAUUAGCAGAGAUAGUCCGGAGGAAGAUUUUGGAGAUAAUCUUUUGUAUAUUUUAUAUAUGGGGCGGGGAGGGGCUGUUAGCUGGACAGUCACGGGGCCACACAAAAAACGCUUUUUUCCUCCCAGCUGUUUAUCGCUAAACAAAAACAAAAAAAUCUAUUUUCGAUUUCACGCGGAGCCGGUUGGUCGAGACAGGCGGAUAGGCGUCAACAGAGAAUGUAUCACGGUUGAAUCAGGUAUUUUACACGGUGCGAGACGACGAGGCAAAAGGUAUCUUAGUAACGAUUGUUUUUCGGCGAGGCGUCGGCGAGGAAGGGACGGUGAAACAACAAAAAAAAUUGUAUAGUUUUAAAGAAAUUUCUUGUGUUUCGUUUUUGUUUUUGUUUUUUUCUUUGUGGGCUCGUUCAAGCACUUGAUUUGUUAUCUUCUAUUUGAUUCCGUGUCUGAUUUUAUUUUUUGAAAAUAAUCGCAGGGUUGUGUUUUUUUUUUUGUUUUUGUUUUGUUUUUUAAAUUUUGUUUUUUGAAGGUUGAAGGAGGAAAAAAAAAGGAGAGAGAGAGAGAGAGAGGAAGUAAUUAGCCAUCAGAACAGCUGGAUGUGAGCAGAUGUUUGGAAAUAAAUAAGGUGGAGGAUUUCGCUGGCAGGUUUGCAAUUUAGUUUGGUGUCUUGCUCACACACACACACACAUAUAACACACACAUAUUAAGACACACAACAUGGUUGCAGUCUUUCUCUCUCUGUAUUUACUCCUCGAUUUGUCCAGGAUGUGCAAAAAUGAAAUACUAACUGGUUUAGGGUUGAUUUGCCCAGUGACUGAAACCUUCAGCAUGCAGACACACUACAAACACACACCCAGGUUUUAACCCUUAUUGUUGUUGUUGAUGUUGUUAUGGACUUCUUUGGUGCUGAUCUGAUCUGAUCCUUCACCCGACACGCACAAACACACACAAACAGAAAUCACACACACAAAUAACAUUAAAAAAUUUAAUAAAUAAAAAAAAACAACACUUCCAGCAUCUCAAACACAGUACUGAACUGCCUAUACCCUUUCUUUGUCUUUUAUUCCUUAUUUUUAGUUUACUUUUUCUUUCUUUCGUUGCAUAUUGUAUCGAUAAAUCGUAUAUAGAUUUACACACAAACACUUGUCUAUACCUCUCCUUCAAACUUUACCCAAUGAGAAACGAGAAAUGCACCCUACUGCUACUGUACCAUACAACUGUACUAUUGAAUAUUAAACUAUUCUCUCACUAGAUAUAUAUGUAUAUGAUAUAUGCUUGAAUUAUGUGAUUAUAGUUGUAAUAUACAUAAUUGAAUAUAUUACAGAGAAACCCAUCUGAA